AUGGGCAUCUCAAUGUUUGGGCCUCCAGCGCCCAUUGACCCGUCAUACGAACCGUCCGUCUCCAUAACUUCGAUCCCUGCGAGCGCCCCGAUCGAGGAGAUCCUCGGCAUACUCGAGCGGGACGGGGGCGUGAUCCUGACGGGAUUCGCCACGGCUGAAGACAUGGCCGCCGUGGACCGCGACGUCGAGGCCCAUCGCGCACAAACCCGGUCGACCGAGAAGAGCGCGUUGCACAUCAUCCCCAAGGAAACGCUGGCCAUCCCGGGCCUGGUGGGCAAGUCUCCGACCAUGGCCAAGAUCUGCUCCGAAUCGCCCGUGCUCGAAGAACUGCGGACGUCGAUCCUACAGGAGAAAUUCAAGGUGAUCCGCGAGGAAAUUGUCGAGGAAAACACCAUCGACCCGCUGCUGAGCAUCAGCAUCACCUUCUACAUCGGCCACGGGGCGCCUCGACAACGGCUGCACCGAGACGACAACGUGCACGGGAUCCGACACGGCGGAGAAGCCUUUGACCUCAAAAAGGCCAGCCAGUUUGGCUGUCUGAUUGCUGGGUCGAGGACGACUCGGCAGAACGGCGCCACCAUGUUCGUGCCAGGAUCCCACAAAUGGGACGAUGCCCGACGUCCACGGACGGACGAGGUAUGCUUUGCCGAAAUGGAACCGGGCUCCGCCUUGAUCUUCCUGGCAUCCUGCUACCACGGGGGCGGCCACAACUCGGUCCCCGGCGAGGUGCGCAAGGUCCACGGCCUGUUCUUCAUCCGGGGCAACAUGCGCACGGAAGAGAACCAGUUCCUGGCGGUGCCGCGGAGCAAAGUGCUCACCAUGAACGACAAGAUGCUCUCACUGCUCGGGUACAAGAAGCCGACGACGGUGCUGGGGGUCGUCGACAAUGAGGAUCCGUCGCUGGACUUGCAUGAGUCAUUAGAUCCUCACGAGGAGGGUUCGGAAACGAGGAGGGUUCGGAAACGAGGAGGGUUCGGAAAAGUCAUUGUGUGCAGAUACCAGAUAGAACACCUCUUCUCCCUCUCCCUCUCUCCCAGCCUUGACAUUGAACGGAAAGACGAGGGUAAUCCAGAAGAUCAAACUCCCGACACGGACCGAGCCUGUUUUGCUCUACCGCCAUCAAUGCUUCCAAAUCAUCAAUCUACCUUUUUCUACCGCGCCCUGAAAGCCCAGGGGGUUGACCGCAGAACACUUCCGUAUCGAGGCUGGUGUCAACCCUACCUCAACUGCUUCGGCCUGGUCUUCGUGACCAUCAUCGUCGUCCUGCAAGGCUACACGGUCUUCCUCCCCGGAUCGUGGGACAUCGGCACCUUCUUCACCUACUACACCAUGCUCCUCUAUAUCGGGUGGAAGGUGAUCAAGCGGACCAAAGUCGUGCAGCCGCACCUGGCCGACCUGGUCUGGGACAAGCCCGUCAUCGACGCCUACAAGCGGAGCAUCGACCCGCCGCUGGGACACUGGGAGGAUAUCUGGGUGUCGGUGCUGGACACGCUCAAGAUCAGGAGCAAGAAACUCACAGAGGGGGCGGAUGUAUGA